GAACACUGUGUAACUAUAGACAGUAAUCAACGACUUUUUAGUGUAGUACAUAUUUGUAUAUAUCUCCAUUCGAGAAUUAGACUGUUGGUAUUUCCAAGGGCUAUUUAAUCUUUUUAUAGGUCCUAAUUACAUUUACUUAUAAAUACAGUACAUGAAAAGUCAAUGAUUUAUUGUUCCAAGAUCCACCCAACGGUAAAAAUGAGAGUUUUUAUCUUAGCUAGUUGUUUGAUAGUUGCCGUCAGUGCUUCUUCUCAGCUUGAGCAGGAUGCCGCCCUAUUUCAAUCGUUCAAAUUGGAGCAUGGUAAGACUUACAACAACCAUGUCGAAGAAUCUGCUCGUUUUGCCAUCUUCAGAGAAAAUCUUCGUACCAUUCAAAGCCACAACGCUCGAUUCGACCAAGGACUGGAAUCCUACACCCAGGGUAUCAAUCAGUUCGCUGACAUGACGCCCGCUGAAUUCAAAGCCAUGCUUGCUUUACAACUUUCCACUAAGCCCGCCUUCAAUUCCAACAAAAAAAUCGACUUACCUGUAGGAAAUACAAUCAUUCCCGACUCAUUUGAUUGGAGAGAGAAGAACGUCAUUAACCCCGUCCAGGAUCAAGGAACUUGCGGAGCCUGUUGGGCUUUUACUCUUGUUGGAGCUACUGAAGCUGCCUAUGCUAUCAAAACUGGAAAUCUAAGCAAAUACUCCGAACAACAACUAGUCGACUGUACAGGAGACUUUGGCAAUUUGGGCUGCCAAGGUGGAUAUUUGACUGAUACGUUCUCCUACAUUGAAGCAUAUGGUUUGCAAUAUGAAUCAGAUUAUCCAUACGAAGGUGCCAAUAGUACCUGCCAAUAUAACUCUUCCAAAAUUGCAACCCACAUUGAAUCCUAUGUCUAUUUCAGUGGUAGCGAAGACGCAUUGAAAGUAUCUGUAGCUACUGAUGGACCAGUAGCAGUUGCUAUCGAUGGAGAUUACAUACAAUUCUACGCCAGUGGAAUCUAUGAUGACACCACCUGCAACCCUAACAAAUUGGAUCAUGCCGUUUUGGCCGUUGGAUACGGUAUUGAAAAUGGUACUGACUACUGGAUCCUCAAAAACUCGUGGGGCAGUUCUUGGGGUGAAUCUGGCUACAUCAGAUUUUUGCGCGGUGUUAAUCAAUGCGGUAUCAUCGCAGAAAACACUUUCCCGAGAAUAGCAUCAGUUUAAGUUAAAGAUAAUUUGUGUAUUUUUUAUAUUUAGAAUUGUACGAAUUUAAGAAAUUAUUUAUUAAUUCUUAAUUAUGAUAUGUUAAAGUUGUUGAUUUAUAACAAUAAACAGAGCUACUUAUAUAUAGAGAAACAAUAAA